CUAUAUCAAGGAAGAGCGUCGGUAUAACGUCGCCUUUUAACCAGAUCCGUUCAGUCUGGAUCCUGUCGACGGUCCUCGUACAUUUUUCCAAGCUUUACCGCCGAAGUAGAUCGAUCUUCCAUGAUGUAUACACAUUACGGCCUCUUCUUCUUGACUUAUUACAUUGUGACUGGUCUGUCUCUACCGGCGACCUAUGAUCAACGACAGACUGGUGAUCUAAACGUGCAGGUCCAUUUGAAGGAUAUACAAGUGUUGGCAUUGCUGGACUCGGAAGUACUUGACGAUUAUACGGAAUAUGAUUAUUUUUACGAUUACGCCGAUUUCACGUUGAAACCGACCGUUAAACCCACCACGAGUACCACCGAAUCAGCUUCACCGUCCUCGGGAACCACCGAUGCCUCUGAAACACCUGAUUCAUCCUCUCAAAAUUCCACGGUUCUCUCAUCCACCGACUCAUUAACUAAUCUGACAAAUGAUGCUACAAAUCUCACGUCAACGGAUGCUGAAAAAACAAACGCAACUACAGCGACUUUAUCGACUGAAAACACGGAAGAUUUAAUUAGCAUAAAUGAUACGUCGAAAGCAACGGUUAAGAACAACGCUAGGAACAUAUCUGAUGAGGAUGAUGAAGAUUUAGCGAAGCGGAUCGAAGGAGGUUCCACGAGAAAUCCACUGACAAGAUUGUCCCGUAAACGAUGUAGAACUGGAUAUUCAAAAGAUGGGAAAGGUCGUUGUCGUCGCCAGAGUCAAAGAAGAUUAUCAUUAAUACCGCUCGCAAUAAAGUUGGCGCCCAAACUAUUGGACGACCUAGCGCGUACCACGAAGAAUCUGGCGCAGGAAGAAGUUGAUCGGAUGCACUACUCCCUCGAUCUAUAUACGAGUCGCGAUCCAAAGCUGCCAAGAAAGCGAACGAAUCUCAGCCACAGUCGAGGAUCGGACUUCGUUCAGCUCGGCCGAUUCGAGCGGACGCUUCCAGAGGGCUUUGGCAAGAUGCUACUUCACGCCGCGUGCCUCCUCUUCUUACCAGAUAUUCUGUUAAGAUCAUUCGUCUCACACGUUAGUGCUGCACCAGCGACCUAUGAUCAACGUCAAAGCGGUGACUUCAAUGUGGACGCAAAGUUCGAGAACUUCCUGAUCAUCGUCGCCACUUCCGGUACUAGCUCUCUGUUCAACAACCUGGCAACGCAAGCGCUAGAGCUUAAUGACUUGAUAUCGCGCAGCAAGCAGAGUCAAGAGAAGUCGUCCGAGACGAUGAUCUACGAAACGGAAGAUGCAAAUAGCGGAAAAGAACCUUACCACGUUGAAAUUGUUCAUAUAGAUAAAGGGGAUGAUAAGUCCGAGAAAGACGUACCCAAAGAGAAAAUUAAGACAGAGAAUUCUGAGAGAACAGACUUAGUUGCCGAUGAUGAGAAAGGGGCGAAAAGAGCGCGAAGUCUUUUUAAAAGUGAGAAGUACGAGCAUACCGAUCGUUCUAUGAAAGAAAACAAGAAACCUAUUGAAAGAAGAAACUCGCACGUGAAAAAUCUUGAGCAAUCCGAUGAUUUGCCGGUUAAGGAAGAGACGUUGAAAGCGGCGAGACCAGGAAUAUCUUUGAAGAAGCAGUUAUCCAAGAGUGAAGAGGAAAGCGCGCCACUGGUAUCCGAAGAGAGAAAUGAACUGGGUCACAAUUACCAAGAAUUGAUACUUUUGGGAGAUGGCAUCGAGAAUUGCGGACCUGGAAGAUACAGGGAUAAAUUAGGUAUUUGUCAGAAAGAUAAGAGUUUUCAGGAAAAUUAGAUAAAGUGAAGACUACUUUUACCUUCUUGCGCGGUUCUUGAAUGUUAGUUCUCCAAUCGUUUAAAAUGUUGUGACUUAUGAUAGAUACACUUAGUUUUGUCUAAAAUAUAAAUAUAUAUGGUAAUUGUGAUAUAUAUGGUAGUUACAAGUUUAAAACGAUGGUGCUUUAAAAUCUAUCAAAUAUAUUCAAAAUUCCCGCGCGAACUUUGAUCUCGUAAUCAAACUAGAUAUAAACUGAGAAGCGUGUCCUAUCUUUUUUUACAUUUAUAGUAUUUAUAUAUUUCAUACAUUUGUAUCAUGUAUAAGUAGAGAAAUAAAUUACGAGCAGUCCGAAAUAAAAAAAUACUGUUUCAU